AUGUCUCUGAACCAGAUGCAGAUCAAGCAGGAGCUCACCCUGCCCCCUGGCCUGGGCAAAACCAUCCCACAGCAGAGCCAGGAGCCAGGGCCGUGCCCACAGCAGCAGGAUGAAGCUCCAGUCUCAACACCUUGCCCAGAACCAGUGCCAGUACUCGUGGUGUGCCCAGAAAAACCAGUGCCAGAGCCAGCACCAGCAGUGGAAGCAGGCAAUGGAGAAGUCCCAGUGGUCCUGGUGCCCAAAUGCCCACCCCAGGAGCAGCAGCAGCAGCAGCAGCAGUGCAAGCUUCCACCAAACCUCUCACCUGUUCCAUGCCCUGAAGAGAAAGCAGAGUGCAAGGAGCUGCCUGUACCAGCCCCUGCCACCUGCUCUGAACCAACUCCAUGCCCUCAGGAGAAGCAGCAGUGCAAGGAGAUCCCUGUGCCAGUUCCUGUUCCCUGCCCAGAGGCUGCAGCAUGCCCCCAGCAGAAGCAGCAAUGCAAGGAGGUUCCUGUCGCAAUCCCUGCUCAGUGUCCUGAGCCUGCUCCAUGCCCCCCGGAGAAGCAGGAGUGCAAGGAGACCCCUGUGCCAGUCCCUGUUAUCUGCCCUGAGCCUGCUCCAUGCCCUCAGGAGAAGCAGGAGUGCCAGGAGGUCCCUGUGCCAGUCCCUGUUCAGUGCCCUGAACCCACACCAUGUGCCCAAGAGAAGCAGGAGUGCCAGGAGGUCCCUGUGCCAGUCCCUGUCCAGUGCCCUGAACCCACACCAUGUGCCCAAGAGAAGCAGGAGUGCCAGGAGGUCCCUGUGCCAGUCCCUGCUCCAUGCCCUGAACCCACACCAUGUGCCCAAGAGAAGCAGGAGUGCCAGGAGGUCCCUGUGCCAGUCCCUGCUGCAUGCCCUGAGCCUGCUCCGUGCCCCCCCGUGGAGCAGCAGCAGGUGAAGCAGCUCAGCCAGUGGCCACCCAUGCAGAAGUAG